UCUCUCUAGAGUCUAGAGUAAGUAAGGAGUCAUGUACUUGAAAGCUGCCCCAAUCCUUUCCCUCUUGGCUGUGAUGGUGGCGGUGAUGGUAGUGGAAGGAUACCCAACCUUUGCCAAACAGGACUACCCAGCUCUGAACGUUGACCAGUAUGACCUGGCAAUGUCCGUUGUGAUCAACCAAAUAACCUUACUGAAAUUGUUGAAUGAGUCUUCUUCCAGUCAUGUUUCACGUGAAUCUUGGUUGCAGGAGUUGCAGAUGAUGAAGAAUAAUGCGAUAAGCGAAAUACAAGACUUGUAUUCGAAUGCUGAAAAUCAAUUGCAGGAGAAGAUCAAUGAAGCAAUCAAUGAAUUUCAAACAGUGAAUACCCGAACUCCUGCCGUUGUCCAGGAACAACCGGAUAGCGGACGAGCAAACACUCUCCACAAUGACGCUGAUCCGUGGCUAUGCGGAGUAGACACAGUUGUGUACGGAAGUAGUGGCUCUUUAGCUCCAACCAGAGUUCCGCCCUACCUUGACCGUACCUUCUGUUCCUGGGAAGUGAGACUGCCCGAGGGAACAAAACCAGAAUUUUCCUGGGAAUAUUUCGGAAUUGAGGAUUGUGCUUCGUGCAGCUGUGAUUAUGUGAGAAUAUGGGAUCCAGCUGUACCAACUGGAGACAAACUGUGUGGUUUCGCUCCCUCGGCCCACCACAGCAUGUACAAGAUUGAAAACAACAUAUUUCGUGUUGUAUUCUAUUCUGAUGAAGGUAGUAAUGACAUUGGCUUUCGUCUGAAGUAUCGCGCCAUCAGCAGUUGAAACUGGAGCAGUGACUCUUUUCCUGCUGAAAUCAGAGAAAAGCAGCAGCAGCAUAGAUUAACAAAUAAGAGAUACAGCGGUAGCAGAGACGACAACUGAGUGACAAAGAAACGGUGGGUGACUACUGGAGUGCCCUGUCUGGACGCCGCCUCUUUAACAGACUGGCUGUCGCCCGCUAAAGAUUUCAUCACAUCAUCUGUGACCCAGAGAAGAACCGGAGAAAGAAAUCACACUUUUUUCCUAAUCGAAGAAACUAAAGAUAAGAACAUACUCUACACCGAUUUGACACACACACACACACACACACACACACACACACACACACACACACACACUGCGCCUUGGUUAUGCUGAGUUGGUGAAAGUGAGUCUCAUGUUGUUGUUUUUUACUGUGUCUUUCGAUUACGAUUACAUGAAUAAGUAAGGAAUAUUUGAAGAUUUAAAGGGCGGAUGAGGAUGACGAUGUAAAGUAGACGGCAUUGAUGGCCAUGAUGAUUAUGAUGAUAAGGGUGACUCUGUAAACAAGUAAAUUAAUUAAGGAAGUUCAUAAAAAUAUAGUAAUCUUUGAAUGUUCAGAAGUAGUCGUACUAACCCUUGCUAAUACUAACCACUGACUUUUGUUCAAACUUUUUUUUUUAUCUAACCAUGGAUAAUCUUGUUGCCUCUAGUACGGAUGACUCUGGCACAAGGACAUUAUUCCUGACUAGUGCAAAACUUCAGGCUUUCACAGGCACAGAGAAUGGCUACACAGCUGAGGAAUAUAUCUCGUUGUGUGAAUAUAUCAUGAAGGAUGAUAACUCUUUAACAGAAGAUGCAGAUAAAAUUUCCUUUAUCCGGUCGGGAUUGCAGGGUGGGUCUUGGGCCUCGAGGAUGAUGCACGCCAGCGCCUUCACCAAACCUACGCAGAAUCAAGAUUAUUACACUUUUCGUACCAAUUUUCUGAACAUAUUUGGAAGCGGCGCGCACACAGCGUAGUGCACGAGAUGGUGCCAGAUCCAAACAUCGUUGCCGCGAAGGUGUUUGUGCUGCCUCAAAUUCGAGAGUUCACAGGUUCCGAGAAUGACUACACAGCUGAGGAAUACAUCUCACUGUGUGAUGAUGUAAUGAAGACUUGCUAUAUAACACAAGAUACAUGUAAAAUCUCUUUUGUCCGCAGUAGGUUACAGAUUGGAUCGCGGCCCGCUAAGAUGAUGAGUACCAGGAUCUUCACUGAUCCUGAGAAGAAUAAAGAUUAUGAUAGUUUCCGAACCAAAUUCCUGAGGAUAUUUGGAAGCAAAAAGGCUCCACACAGUCUAGUACAGGGAAUCAUCAAUGCAGUAGAUGUUUUUCUAAGUGAUACCCCACCCUUAAAUAUGUUUGAGGGGCAAGUGGAAGCCAACCGUCUCUCAACUGAAUUCAUCCAGUAUAUUAAAGACAAUGGGUGGAAUGAGGGAGAAUAUAUUUCAUUACAGAAUAACCAUAAAUUUAUGGAAUUUUUUAUUUUUAUGAUUUUGAUGAGAGGAACAUGUCGUGGGAGCGCCUGGUCUCUCAAGUAUAAACCCACAGACGAACUCCACGAGUUUGUGCAGAAGCUAAGGAAAAACCGCGAAGAAAAUGGCCAGAUAGGGAAGGCCGUUAGGACAGUGAAUGUGACAUGCCAAUAUUGUCAGCGAAAAGGACAUACGAUUAGCAGAUGUUCCCUUAGAGAGAAAGAUGAGCGUGGUAGUAGAAAAGCUGAAGCUGCUGAUGACCCGAGAAGUCACACUCGCCGAGGAGCGAGACGUAACACUGCCUACUGCACCUUUCAUCAGUGCAUUGGUCACUCCACAGAUGAGUGUUAUUCGGUCAUCAAUUUAGGAAAGAAAAUGAGAAAAAAGCGUGGAUCUGGAGGGUCACAGCCUGGCGAAGCUGCUCGCCCCAUUCAAUACAGUCAGUAUAGGAAUAACUCAAGGAAGUGAAAAAAUGUAGACGAAGCAACUGAAACUGAUUGUGCUUUACGUAUGUCAUGAACUGUUUGGAAUCAAACCAGCGUGAUGGUUAAACCUAAAAAAUGCUACAUGUAAGGGCUUGAUUGGUGACACUAACACCGCUGUAAAUAUGCUCUCAGGAAGAUCGUGUUCGGCACUGAAAUUCACAAUGCACGAUGACCUCAAAAUGUUAUGAAAAUCUCAACAUACAGUGAAUUGUCUGUUUUCCUGUUAGGCUAGGUAAGAAUAUUGCAUUCAUUUGUUUGGUUUUAUAUGUUGUUUUCUGGCUUCAGUUUACUUUCAGUGGACUAAUGGUAGGAUUUAAGGACAAUAAAAUCCUGACUACUAAUACAAUACUAAUGCAAUAAUGUUUCAACAGAAGACCUCAAGGCAUGUGACAGACUGAGGAUUUCUAGUUAUAUUUUUGCCUACCUUCUUUAUCUUGCCUUCUUGCUGAUUAUUAGUGGCAGAACUUGCAAAGUGAUAGUAAUUAAGAAGAUGCUUUCAUGUCAUGUGUCUCCACUUGCUCCUUAAGCCUUUCAUACCAAUUUCUAUAGACGCGACUGUGGCUCGUUCAGAUGAUGCUGUAUACAAAGGAGAUGAAGAGAAUUUCGCAGCUCUAAUUGCAUGGUCUUUACGAUAUGUCAAACGAAGCACCUAUCCUGAAACAUUCAAUGAUGGACUUGUAUUCUAGCUUUGCUCCGAGAAUCUCUCUCUUGAUAGUUUACGUAAGAUUAUAUAUUCUUAUAUCAAUUUAUAACUAUUAGUCUCUCCGUGUCUACUUAAUGCAAUGUCUCAAACUGCAGUGAAGCAUUCUCUCUAUACACAUCUAGCUCGUAUGAUUCAUUGUGUAUUGCUGUGUUUGAUUCAUGAUAGCUAAAGGUUCUGCCGCAUAACGCGAUGGCAGGCUUAUAGGUGUGCGAGCAGUGUUAGCACAUAGUAAUAAGAAAAAAAAAAAAACUGUAGCUGUAGAUCAUAAUUUGUUAUUCAAGAAACAGAAGUGUGUACUCCCUGUUCUGACGAAUGCUGGGAGUGGUGUCCAAUUAUUGUUUUUCCUCUUAGUUGACUCGCCCAAUAUUGAAAUAGUAGUAGUACAUGUUCUCUGUAAUAAAUAACAAUUGAUGAUCAUAA